AACAAAAUAUUUGACAGUUGAGAGGUGAAAAUGGUCAAUUUAAAGGUGGAACCCGAGCCGCUGAUUGAUAAAUACAAAAUUCCGGUCCAGCACUUUGAGUAUUCCUACAUUGAGACGUGUAGGGACGGGCGCGAGUUGGAAAAGAUCGUUCAAGUGUUGAGGUCAGGCCAGGAGGGGCAUUUCCCCGACUUGACUCGCUUUGCCGAAAACAGACUGGCGGUAGUGAGGCCCAAAAGUAAGUUACUGAGGGUCGCAGUCCCCGUUAUCUCAAAGGAAAGUCUCGAGAAAGAUGAGCGGAACGAACUAACUAAAGACCUGACUCAAUGGGUGAGCACCGUCAGUAAAGAAGACGACGAGUUAAGUUAUUACAAAAACAGAAAGUCGGGCCCCACUUUACCAGACGUACGCGAGUCAACUGAAAAAGUACUCGAAAAUGAGAAAAAAUCAGUGAGACGCAUCGCAUCAACCGAUUAUUCCUCCUGGGAUAAGUAUGAUCCCGAUACCGAAAUCCUCAAAAUGGACUUGGCGGAGGAAAACCUCAAAAAGAAUGCCUUAAACACACCAAAAAAGCACACGGGUAAGAAGGUACAUUUCCGCCAAUUUUUAACCGACGUGGAGGCGGCACACGAAGCCAACUAUGCGAAAAACAAAGGCAACGAAUUUUUCAAAGCGGGAGAUUACAACGAAGCGCUCAAACACUACACCGAGAGUAUCAAUUGCAAGGCCUCACUUGCAGCUUUCACAAACCGGGCUUUGGCCAAUCUCAGGUUAAAAAAGUACAAAAAGGCGCUCGAUGACUGCCAGGCCGCUCUAGCCAUUGAACCGCACAACUUCAAAGCUCUUUUACGUAAAGCCCAGGCUUUGGACGGGUUAGGGCAUCACAUUGAAGCGUCGGAAACCGUCGAACAGGCGAUUGAGAUUAAUCCCAAUAAUGAAUUGGCGCAGGAACUGGCCGAUAAGUUUCGAAAGCUGUGUGGGAGUGUUGCUAGGAGGACACGACUUGUUGUGGAAGAUGUGAGUGAUAACGAGGUGAUUAUACCGAUUCCGGGGACCAGUACAAUGGCGCCGCCGUUUUAUGUUACUUGUGACGGGGAUUUGGAAAAGAUUGGGAAGGCCAAUAGGGUGGUGCACAUGGUCUCGGUUGACUGUGCGGAGGAGGAUGAUGAUUGUUGCACGGUGAAUCACUUGACGAGGAUUUGCAGCCAAAGUGGCAAAGACAAUGAGACACAAACUGCCAGUGUUAAGGAAAGUAAAAAUGACUGUAGUUUUAGUUCAAACAAAAAGAAAUGUGCUAAAGAAGUGAGUUUAACACAUAAUUCGGAAGAAAAAGCGUUAAAUACGAAGAAUAAGCGUCAAAUAGUGGAAGAAGAUAAAUGUGCGGGCGGGGAGCCGUACACAAAACAGGACGAGUCAAUUGAUCUGCCCCCCGAUAUAAAUUCACCGUACAGUUUUUUGAAAACUUGGAACUCGGCAAACGGUGAUCCAACGUUCCAACAACACGCUACGAUUUUGCGGAGCAUUGACCUGAAUCGGAUAGUUGAUGUGAUCGGUUGCAAACUGGACAACGCCAUGUUCAGCAAAAUCCUCAAAUGCCUCUCCAGCCACUUCGCCGUUCCUGGCGAAGUCGAGCGCCUGCACUCCAUCCUGGAAAACCUCAUCAACUUGCCCCGAUUCGACAUAAUCGCCAUGCUCAUGUCACCCGAAGACCAAAACUGCGUCAAUUACCUUUUAAACUUUUUAAAACAACACGGCAAAUUUGUUUCGUCCGACGUAAUUAAUAAAUUUUUUAACAAUUAUGUC